UAGACUCUUAAGGGGCCUGUUUAUACUGAGUAUAUUUUGAAUGCCAACGUUCAAGUGGGACAAGGAAAUCACAGUCUAAGUUCCCUGAAAGAUGGCAGAUGAAUUCUCCCAUGCUGGAAAGGAAAACUGCAGUGAGCAGGCAAGAAGAAGUCAAGUCUCUGGCCCACGUUCACAAUUCCAGAGAAGUUUUAUCCAGAGAGUAACGUUACUGGGAAAGCUACCCACGAGAUUUGUCCUCCACCGGGAAAGGAAGCAGAAGGUUGCUGCUAUACUGGGAAUUGACCAAGAAGCCAUGAAGUCUCUUCCAGAGGGAGACUUCGACCACUGCCUGCUGAGUAAGGUGGACCUGAGACGACAGCAGAUUUCUCAGACCGUGGAGGAGGUGCAGAAAAUUAUCCACCUGCUGACUGCAGAAAUCAGCCGCCAGGACAGUCGCUUCGAAGCUGUGCCUGUCUCUGACACACACAAUGAGAGCAUUAAGGUUUUGGCCCCCAGCCUCUUCCAUGUCACCGUCCCACUGAAAGGCCUGGCAGGGUACAAGGGGGUCCGGACACAGCGCUGGAGGUACUACAAUUUGCAGGGCGCCAAGCUCGCCUGCCCAUUGCGGGAUCCUGAAGGCCUGCAACAGUGGCUGGAGACUGAGAUGUUCAUGAAGACCCUGUGGCAGUGGCACAAGGCAGAUGUGAACAUUGAGGGGGACAUUGUGCCAGCCAAAGUCCUGCAAGUGUUCCGGACUCUGGUGGAAAAUGCAGUGAGAACCUGUCACCUCUCAGGCAAAGUCACUGUGCUAGAAAAACGCACUACGGUUUGGGUUGCCGUGGAAACAUCCACAGGCCAGGUGGAGCUGGAGCUGGCCCCCACCGUGGAGAUCCCCACCACCUGGCCGGAGAAAGCUCAGUGGCCUCGGUGUCUGAAGCGGUGGCCUUCCCCAGAGAGAGUGGAGUGCAUCAAGUCCUUUGGCUUUACCUUGGUGGCCCAGUCCACCUAUCACUGGCAGCUGAGUCUCUCCCAGGCAGAGCAGGUGCUGUUCGAGCAGCUGGACGAGGAUGGAGGCUGCCGCAGGCAAUGCUUUCAGGUCCUGAGGCAGCUGAAGGAGGACGUGUGGUGUCCAGGGAGGAGGCCAGUCGUCACCACCCACCACCUGCAGACCGUGCUCUUCUGGACCUGUGAGAAAUACCCCCACCCCAAGGACUGGCAGGUCCUCCAUCAAGCCCUCCUGCGCCUUGCCCGGAAGCUGCACAGGUGUGUGAGCCAGCACUUCCUGAAGCACUAUUUUGUUCCAAAGAGCAACCUCCUUCAGUCAGCUAACCCAGGCGAGCUGGAUGCGGUGGCCCAGAAAGUGGCCUUUUUCCUAAAGAACCCGAAGGUCGAGCUGCCCUGA